GUGGGGCUCCCCCCAAUGGAUCCAGCCGAUCCCAUGCGCCCCAUCGGGCACCACAUGAUGCCGGCUCCUUCCCUCCCCUGGGGAGGGCCCAGGCUCGGCCUUAAAACCGGGAGCAGGUCCCGGCGAGCGGGGGCGACGGGGGCGAGGAUGGGCGUGCUCGGCUGGCUCGUGGCCUCCGCGCUCUGCGCCGCCGUGCGGGGACAGGACCAGGGGCUCUCCCGGCCGCUGCCCCACUUCGGAUCCAUCUACCAUGUCAGAGGGGUCAUCAACCUGCCCUACGCGGAGAUCGAGGAGCCCUUCGAAGCCUGGUACAACCUGACGGGGAACAAGAGCCGGAUCCAGUACUACGGGGUUUCCCCCCUGGCUGGCACAGGGCAGGUGAUAACGUACCAGCUGGCCGGGGUGAAGCCCUACGGGAUGCAGUACAAGAUCACUCCCGAGACCACCGAGAAGGAGGUGAACGCCAGGAAAUGCUUCCAGCUGCCCGGCUCCAAGGAGGACGUGGUCAGGAUCCAGAGCGUCUUCCCCAGCCUGGAUGGCUUCAAGUUCCUACGGGAGGAGUACUACCAGGGCCGGUACUGCGCCGUGUGGCAGAACGUCACCCACUGGGCGCAGAAGAAGAACGUCUACACCCUGUGGGUGACCAACUCCAGCUGCGGGGUGGCCCCCGUGCACUACGAGAUGCGGGGCUACAACAGCCUGCUGGGCUCCCACUACGACAAGUACGAGAUUUCCUACACCGACUUCGACAACAGCUUCCCCUCUUCCGUCUUCGACAUCCCCGUGAAUGGUGAGCGGGGCCGGGGCCACCACCCUGCCCGCCCUCGGCUGGCUCUCGGGCUGACGGCGUCCCCUAAUUGCACCCUAGAGACGAAGAAAUGCGGGCUCCUGCCGGGGAGCACGGCGGAGCACCGGGUGCUGGCGAACCCCAUGGAGGACCUGGUGGGGCGGCACCAGCCGCGGGCACACGAGGUUUUCCACCACUACCGGCGGCGCUUUGGGCGGCGGUACGGCUCCACGCGGGAGCUGGAGCACCGGCAGCGCGUCUUCGUGCACAACAUGAGGUUCGUGCACUCGAAGAACCGCGCCGCGCUCUCCUACACGCUGGCGCUGAACCACCUGGCCGACCGCACGCCCCAGGAGCUGGCGGCGCUGCGGGGCCGUCGCCGGAGCGGGGCCCCCAACCACGGGCUGCCCUUCCCUGCCGAGCGCUACGCCGGCCUCAUCCUGCCUGAGAGCCUCGACUGGCGCAUGUAUGGUGCGGUGACCCCCGUGAAGGACCAGGCUGUCUGCGGCUCCUGCUGGAGCUUCGCCACCACGGGCGCGAUGGAGGGUGCCCUCUUCCUCAAGACCGGCGUGCUGACCCCGCUGUCCCAGCAAGUCCUCAUCGACUGCUCCUGGGGCUUCGGGAACUACGCGUGCGACGGGGGCGAGGAGUGGCGAGCCUACGAGUGGAUCAAGAAGCACGGCGGCAUCGCCAGCACCGAGUCCUACGGCAACUACAAGGGGCAGAACGGCCUGUGCCACUACAACCAGUCUGAGAUGCUGGCCAAGAUCACGGGCUACGUCAACGUCACCUCGGGCAACAUCACGGCGGUGAAAGCUGCCAUCUACAAGCACGGCCCCGUGGCCGUCAGCAUCGACGCCUCGCACAGGACCUUCUCCUUCUACUCCAACGGCGUCUACUACGAGCCCAAGUGCGCGAACAAAUCGGGGGAGCUGGACCACGCCGUGCUGGCCGUGGGCUACGGGGUGCUGCAGGGGGAGACCUACUGGCUCAUCAAGAACUCCUGGUCCACCUACUGGGGCAACGACGGCUACAUCCUCAUGGCCAUGAAGGACAACAACUGCGGCGUGGCCACCGAGGCCACCUACCCCAUCCUGGCCUAAGACACUUGCCAGCUCUGCGGGGGGAACUUGCGGGCACCCAGCCCUGGAGCAGAGCCUUCGUUGUGACCCAGGGUGCGGGAGGAAGAUGGGGACGUGGGGGGACCCCUGGGGUGUGGGAGGAAGAUUGGGACAUGGGGGGACCCCCAUGGUACAGGAGGAAGAUGGGGACAUGGUGGGACAGAGCUGCUGGAAAUUCAGCCGUGGGCUUGCCAAUAAAGAC